AUGGCGGGGCGGGGCCGGCACAGGCGCUUACUGCAAAACGUGACGGCGGCGGGGUCUGGCAACACCUACAUUCCGGCCGGCGGCAGGGGCACGUGGGAGGCUGGCGGUACCGUGCCCGUCAUCUUCCUGUACGCCAACCUCAUGAAGAAUGGCGACGUUGUGGGGUGGUCGAACACGGCCAAGGUGGACGGCAAGCUGAGAUACCCCACGGCUACAUACCGCGUCAGCCAGAAGGGCGGCGAGGAAAUCCUGGUCGGGUGUGGGAUUGCAGACUGCAAGAACACCUUUUGCUCCGCCCAGACCACCACCGCCGACAACGAGGUUUUCAUCUUUGGCGGGCACGGCGAUAAGGAUGAGGACGAAGACUACGGGAUGCAGGCCUUCCGCUCCUACAACCACGGCAACGGCACGCUGUGGAGCGGCGCCGAGAUGGGCUCGGGGCGCUGGUAUCCCAGCGUCCUGACGCUGGCAGACGGCAGCGUGCUGGUGGUGGGGGGCGUCAAGGAGAGCAGCCAGGCGGGGUAUGUGGCCGAGGAUAGAGAGGACACAGACAACCCCACAUACACCGUGUAUGACCCCAAGAGCAGGUCGUUUGGCGGCGACCAGUGGGAGAUGGAGCCGCAGCUGACGGCGGCCUGGCCGGUGCACACCUACCCCCACCUGGUGCUCCUGCCAGACGGCAAGGUGGCCGUGUCCUCCGGCACCUUGCUGAUGCUGUACCAGCGCACCGGCCCCUUCACUUUCGAUAAGGUUCUGGACCUCCCGCCCCGCCCAGGAGCCCCCUGGUCCUACCCACAGACAGGGCUGGGCCUGCCGCUGCCGAUAGCCUCGCCCUACAAGAAGGUGGUGCUGCUUGCGGCGGGCGGCUCGGCUGAGGACCGUGCCGACCCCUACACCCCCGCCAGCGACACCGCAGACCUGAUUGAUCUGACUGGUGGCGCCAAUGCCACCUGGAGGGCGGUGGGGCCCAUGCCCUACUCACGAGUGAUGGGGGAUGCAGUCAUCCUGUGCGACGGCACCAUCGGCCUGUUUGGCGGCGCCGCCACGGGCAAGGCGGGGUGGAGCAACGACGACGAGGGCGAGCCCGUGUUUUACGAGUUCAAGGACGGCAGCACGUACGACUGCGAGGAGCGGUGCACCCUGGCGCACGAGCCGUACCGCUACGAGCCCACCAUUUUCGACCCCGUCAUCUCACGCUGGUCGGCGGCGGGCAGCCAGGACGAGCCGGCGCGGCCCCGCCUCUACCACUCUGUCCAUCUGCUGCUGCCCGACUGCAGGGUCCUGGCCGCCGCCUCAGAGGUGACCAACGACACCACCGCCGAGAUCUUCUCGCCCCCGUACCUCAACCUGGGGCCCCGCCCCGUCAUCACCUCGUUCCCCGACUCCAUGCUGCCCGGCGACGACCUCAACAUCACCUACACCUCCGCCGACCCCGUCACCAAAGCCAUCCUGAUCCGCACCGGGGUGGCCACCCACUCCAUGGCCUUUGAUGCACGUGCGCUCUGGCUCAACAUCCUCUCCAACGUGAACGGCACGCUGUCGCUCGACACCCCCGCCAACAGCAACCUGCUUCCGCCUGGCAUGUACAUGCUGGUGCUGCUCAGCAGCAAGGGGGCGCCCAGCGAGGGCAAGAUCCUCAGCAUCUACUCUGUCGCCGCCACGCCGGAUCUGUCUACGUACACCGCCGACUGA